AUGUUACGUCGAUUCUCGAAAAAGAACAAGAACCCAUCAUCAUCGGAAGAGGGAUCUUCUUCUUCAUCCAACAAAGAGAAACUCAAGAGAGAUAAGAAGCUAUUGACAAAGUUUUUAGAUUUUAUAACAUCUUCCAUUUGGUCAAUUCCUAUUGCCUCAUUCAUUGAAUCUCAAUCUGUUGUUUUCGAUCGUCAACAAAUGGAAACUGAAAUCUAUGUGGAGGUUCACAAAGAGUAUUCUCAGCUCAUUGAUACAUUGAUUGAAUGCUUUUGUGAAGAUGUGGGUUCUACACCUACUGAACUCGUCGAGGCAAUUCAACUUUUCCAUCAGAAUGAUGUCUCUCCUGAAUACCGAGUUGCACUGGAACCCCUUCUCGCGGCUCAAAACUUCAAUGUGUUCGUCCCAAUGAUGAUGAGAAAGAAUAUAGAGCUUCAACUUCAAGCUCUACAAAUGAUCGAAUUUAUGUGUGGAUUGAUUCCUUCGGUUCUUCAACUGGAAGACGGAGAAUCACUCAAAAAUAUGAAGAAACUGACUCCGGAGGAAACUGAGAGAUAUGUUUUGAUCUCGGUGCUCCGUCAUAGUAAAGAUGAGUAUGAUGCUAUGCACAAAGGAAGUGAGGAACUGGAACAAAUGGCAAUAAAUAGUAGAAUUCAGAGAGAAGCUUUAGAGAAAGAAAUAAGAAAAGAAGAUAUCCUGAUUCAAAAAGCGCUAAGCGAGAACCGUUCCCGCAAUCAAGGUACCUCCACUCAGACUGAUGAGUCUAGGACACCACUUCGAACAGUUGCUGCUAUCAUGGCUGCCACAUUUUCAAUAGAUACUGGAACCAGUACUGACGAUGUUCUUAUCGAGAUGCUGGACGAUCAAAAGAAGAAUUCGAAGUCUUUUGGUACAAUGACCACCUCCUCUUCAGGUGUUUCUACUGAAACAAUGACAACUGGUUCAUCUGAAACUUCUUUUGGUACAACGAUGAUGUCAUCUGGAGUUGAUUUUGGAACAGAUGCAGCCGAGAUUGAAGCAGGGAAAGGAAGUCGCCCAAAAUCUGCAAAACGAGUCGGAUCUGCAGUUGGAAAACGAUCUGGAUCUGCGUCUCGAGCUAAAUCUGGGUCUGGUGCUGUAGAUGAUGAUGGAGAAAAUCUGGAUGUCGAAGAAGUCAAAGAGAAACGCCCAGGAACAUCUUCGAAGAAGUCCAUUACAACUAUGGUCAAUUCGGAUUCAAACACAGAAGAAGUCAAACGCCCGGGAACAUCUUCUAAGAAGUCAAUAUCAUCUCUAGUCAACUCUGAAUCUAAUACAGACGAAAUGAAACGUCCAGAAACUGGAUCAAAAACUUCAAAAACUGGAGGUACUGAAUCAACUGCUGAAAUCGAUUCAGAAGGCGUGGCAAAAGAAAAAAUGAAGCAAAAACGUCCAGGAACCGCAAAGGGACCAAAUGAGCGGAAGUAUUCAAAUGCAGGACUUGAGGAUGUAGUCGGUCCUCCCACAAACAAGAACAGUUCCAAUCAAACUGAGCCAAAAUCUGAUCCUAAAAGUCGUCCAUCAACUCGGAAAUCUAGUAGGACUACAGCAGAAGAAUCACCCAGUCGUCCACCAAGCCGUAAAACCACUGCAUCGCAUGAACCACGUACCAAAACACCUCUUCCAAAGAGUAGUGAGGAUCGUCCAACAACUCGCAGAUCUUCAGUUGACAAAAAUGCUCCGAAACGGAAUGACAGUGUUCCGAGAGAAAGAAGAUCAUCAAUGUCUCAAAAAGAUGAAGAAAGGAAGCCACCAAAACCAAUGGGACCAAUUCGUAGCAACAAAUAUGAUGGAGAUGUUGUUCUAGGGCGCCCUGGAUCUCCAGGAAUGGAUCAUGGCCCAAGAAGAAAGAAUUUGAAUGAUGUCAAUGCCCAUUUGGUGGAUUCGAAUCGUUUGAACAGUUCUGAUGUUCGUACACGUGCUCAAUACCUCCGUGAUCAACGUGACAAGCUGCUCCAAUUGAAAAACCAAGAACGAAUUAAGCAAAUGAAUGAUAUUCAAAACAGCUCAUUGGAACGACCAAAAACCGCAGCAAGAGCCCGUGAAAUAUUGGAUAAGGAUAAGAAGGAGGCGGAGUCGAUUCGCAGAGAAAUUAGCAAAAAGUUGAAGACACAAAUUCUUACAUUGCAUUAA